AUGACAGAUUGGUAUAGUUGGGCAGAAAAGCAAGUGGUUCCAGGUUUAUGGGGAAGACUGCCAGAGCAUCCUGAAGAAUACCAGGCUGCUAUGUUGCAAGCCAUCAUAGCCCAAAUUGCACUGGAGCCUCAUACAGAGUCUCCUGGGCCAUGCUCUGAAAUGUGGUGCAAGGGCAUGAUCGACAUGAUGAUUCAAACCAGACUAGAAAUUGAGAGUGAGGUUGCUGUGGACAAGUCUGAACAAGAGAUGCCAGGGAAGUAUAUGUCUAAUGAAGCAGUGAGAAAGGCAAGGGGUCGGCCCAAAGGAGUGUGCAACAGCAUAAUUGUGGUGCCUCAGAUGCAGUCCAAAUCCCCCAUGAAACUACGCAGCAUGAAUAAAUCUGGAUGUUUAUCUAGAUUAUCAGCUCUAUCCAUCAGCGGGGAUCUUGUUCCAGAAAUACCCAUGACUAAAGAUGCUAAAGAAAUGGAAGAGCUUGACCAGGUCCUGAGAUUAAAGACUUCCCCUCCAGACUCUCUCCUGGCCGUAGCAACACCUACCAGAAAAUCUGGUGCUUUGGCAGACAGCAGGAAUACCCUCUUAGAUCUGGCAUCGUUGAACCAGGCACAGCCUGCCAAAAGGCUUCAUGUUUUCUUGAACAAGAAACCAUCCGAACCAAGCCAGACAUCAUCAGACUUUGCAGCAGCUGCUGUUGCACCUUCAUAUGUCAUGGAACUAAGAUCUGAUUACGGUACACCAAGUUCAAACUCCCCAUUGUGUUCAGAAGAUUUGCUGUAUGAUAUGGAUGUGGUUAUGAGACAAAACUGCCGCCGUGCAGCUCCCAACAUGGCUUCCCAAAAAUAUGAAAAUAUAACCAUGGCACUCUCAGACCGCCGCUGUGCAGCCUCCAACAUGGCUUUCCCCAAAAAAUAUGAAAAUAUACCAUGGCACUCUCAGAUGGUCAUUGUGCAGGCCCCAACGCUGCCCCAAAAUAUGAAAAUGUACUAUGGCGCUCUCGGAUGGCUGCUGUGCUGCCCCCCAACAUAG